GCCUCAAUACAACAAGCUACUUCCACUUCAACAUCAACACCACCACCUCCCUUACACAUCAGCAAUCAUGUCUAUCAAGCCCAUCGAGAUCCACGGCAAGCACGGCCCCAACCCUCCCAAGGUCCGCAUGAUCGCGGAGGAGCUGGGUAUUCCGUACAACCUCCACGACGUCCAAUUCUCCGACGUCAAGAGCCCCGAAUUCACAAAACUCAACCCCAAUGGCCGCAUGCCCGCCAUCGUCGAUCCCAACACCGACCUCACGCUAUGGGAGUCCGGUGCCAUCAUUGAGUACCUAGUUGAGAAGUACGACAAGGACAACAAAGUCAGCUUCCCCGCUGGCAGCAAGGAAGCGUAUCUUGCAAAGCAAUGGCUGUACUUCCAAGUCACCGGCCAAGGCCCAUACUACGGCCAAGCCGUCUGGUUCACGCGCUUCCACCCCGAGCAGCUCGACAGCGCCAAGGAGCGGUACUACAAGGAGAUCCAGCGCGUGACCAGCGUGCUGGAGAAUCACCUCAAGAGCCAGCCCAAGGGCGAGGAUGGGCCGUGGUUGGUCGGCGGCAAGUACUCGUUUGCGGACAUGUCGUUUGUGCCGUGGCAAAACUAUGCGAGCCAGUUGACCGAUGUUAAGGAGUACACUGUGGUUGCGGAUUGGCUGGAGAGGAUGAAGAAGAGGGCGGCGAUUAAGAAGACUCUGGAUGACCAGUAGGUGUGGGGUGUAGAGAGGGGAUACGGGGAUAGAUUCGAGCAAAUAAAAGUUGAAGCAUUUUACAUGUUAGUUUACUUGUCGAAUUUGGAUGACUCAACCUCG